AUGGCUUCAAGUGUCGAAUACUACUGCCCCUGCCUGGCGGAGACACCCCAUCCUCCGCCACCUCAUCUGCCCUCAUCUGCAUACAGUUUUCAUCCCCUGCACAAUCUCUUCUUCUGCGAGGAAUGCGACGCUGUGCGGUGUAACCGUUGUGUCAUGAUGGAAGUCAGUGGGUAUUACUGCCCAAACUGUCUGUUCGAGGUGCCCAGUGCGAGCGUGCGCGCGGAGAAGAACAGGUGUGCCCGGAACUGCUUCAUGUGCCCCAUAUGCCGAAACACCCUCACUGUUGUGCCUUCUGAUCCGUCAGAGGGCAGCGAAAUGCGAUUAUCGACGAUCGUGUCCAGUUCUUUAGGAGAGCCCCCAUUCUUUCUCUACUGCAACCACUGCAGAUGGGACUCGGCAGAGAUUGACAUCACUUUCGAGAAGCCGACCGGUCUGGCAGCUCAGCUGCAAAGGUACGAAGACUCCGCCCCCGAGUCGCUCGAGUUCGAGCGCCUGAAGGAACACUUUGAGCCCUACCUACGUGCAUCUCCCUCUUCCGGCCUGCCGAACGUCUCCUCACAUCACCUUCACACUAACCCCAUCACAGCCGCUGCUUCGUCUGCACUCGCGCGCGACAUCCCCGGCGUGGCGAAGUACAACCCAUUGUCGCGCACUCGCUUGACGGCCUACAAGAGCAGCCAGAAGCAGGAGAUAUCCGAUUACAGGGCGCGUAUGGAGGCGGGCUCGGCUAUAGGGCUGGGUUUGGGAGGAGGAGAGGCCGAUGUGGAAUAUAUGCGGCAUCUGGAGACGGUGUCGGAAGUGGCGAGCCUCGAGCAACGAUGGUUGAACAGUUGGGUAAAUCCACUGCAAACGAGUGAGCUCAAGCCUAUGCGGAUACCGCUACAAUCGAAGAAGUCAAAGCGCUGUCCCAGCUGUCGGCACAUUCUCAUCAAGCCAGAGCAGAAGGCACAGUCGGUGCGUUACAAGAUCAAGCUUGUUGCUGGGAAUUAUCUUCCCGCGAUCACAGCCACCCUGCCUCACGCACAAGCUGCGAUAGAGAUGAUGAAACGCUCGUCGGCUCUCAACAAGUCUGCAUCUGCGGCGAUUGGCGACGUGCAAGGUUCCACGGCAGGCGCUUUGCUGGCGGGCAAGACGUAUCCGUUCCAUCUUGCGUUCACCAACCCCUUGUACGAUCCCAUCCAGGUGCGCCUCAAGAAAGCUCAACUCAUCUCUGCAGCGAACGCGGAGGGUGCGACGGAGACAGGAGACAAGCCGCGCCGACCUGCAUUUCAAGUCAAUCUACCAAGUACGGCCUUUCCCAUCGGUGCGUUCGCGGAAGCAUGGGAGUACGAGGACGAUGAGGAAGAAGACAUGUUCGGGUUGGAGGAGGAGGACGUGGACGGCCGGGCCCAGAGAGACGGACGGGGCUCGCGGACGGUCGGGAUACUGGAGAAGCGAGCCAAUGUGACAGUAGUGGGCGGCGAGGUCAUCCUCACGAAGGAGGCGCGGGGAAAUGUCAAGUUCAACAUGCUCGUAUCCUUUACGUAUCGCUCAGACGACCCCGAGCCGGCCGAAGAGACCCAAGUUGGGACGCCAUCACGCCCAAAGCAACCCGAGCUGAAGAACUUUGCAUUCUACACGGUGGUCGACCUGGGACCCAUCGUGCCGCGAGAGGAGACGAAUAUUGAUCUCUGA